AUGGAUCCAGCGAGCUCUAAGGAGCAGUCAUCCGACAAGCCGAAGAAGCUCCAGCACGUCACUAUAGCGGCCACGCCCAAGCCAGCAGCCCGGUCGUCGGUAAGGAUUCGGGGAUUCUCAGAUCUCGCCUGCGGAAAGAAGGCCAGUGAUGAUGGCCAGGCAUACUACGCUGGUGGCUCAGAGCAGAGCGGCCAGCAGAUUAUCGGGCCAGGCAGAAAACCUGACAACAAGGAGGACAUCGUGGCCGAUAUGUUCAAGGCAGCCAGGACUCAUGGCGCUGUGAUCAUGGAACCAGAAGUGGAUGACAAACCUGGAAAGUCGGCGGGUGCUGGUGGCAGCUCGUUCUCGGGUGCUGGCCACAAGCUAAAUGACGCAGCGACAACCGCCGAGACAGCCGCGCCAGUCGACCCUGCGAAACCCCCGCCUUCCGUUUCGAAGGUGCUCAAAAUGUGGGAAGACGGCUUCAGCAUUGACGACGGGCCUCUGCGCGCUUAUGACGACGCGAGUAGCCAGCAGUUUCUCCAGUCCAUUCGGCAGGGAGAAGUCCCUGCGGAAAUGUUGCAGGAGGCUGAAGGGGCCGAGGUGGAUCUCGUCAUGGAAGACCAUCGGCACGAGCAGUUCUUCGCACCACAGCGCGUCAAGGUGACGCCCUUCGAGGGUACGGGACACCGGCUCGGAGUCGUGACUCCAACGUUGAGCCGGCAAACGGUGACAACGCCGUCGCUCGAACACGCUGAGGCCAACGCUAAGAAGGCGAUAAACCUGAACGAGGCUUUGCCGACGACCAACAUCCAAGUUCGCCUUUCCGAUGGCUCGAGGUUGGUGGCCCACAUGAACCAGACCAACACAGUGGCCGACAUCCGCAAGUACAUCGUGAACGCCCGGCCUGAGUACGAGGCGGCGACAUUCACUUUGUUGACGAUGUUCCCACGAAAGGAACUAACGAAUGACAAGGCGACGCUGAAGGAGGCGAACUUGCUUAACGCGGUGAUCGUUCAACGCCUGACAUGA